UACGAUUACUCUGCUUGGAAAGGUAAAAACGUGAUUUCUGUGAAAGACUUUACGAAGCAAAAUGUGGAGGAAGUACUCACAGUAGCCACUCGAAUGAAGGAGCUCGUGGCAAAGAAGGGCGGAUGUGACGUCCUGAACCACCGCGUUAUGGCCAACGUGUUCCUCGAGCCCUCCACUCGUACUGCCUCCUCUUUCAACGCUGCCUUCUGCAGAUUGGGAGGAAAGGUGAUUACCAUCCAAGAAGGUACUUCCUCCACCAAGAAGGGAGAGACCCUCCAGGAUACGAUGCGUUGCGUCCAGUGCUACUCGGAUGUACUGGUUCUUCGCCAUCCUGAGACGGGUGCUGCCCAACUCGCUGCCAAGUACGUUACCAAGCCUCUCAUCAACGCGGGAGACGGUGCUGGUGAGCAUCCCUCGCAAGCUCUUCUGGACAUGUUCACCAUCUACAACGAGCUCGGCCACCUCGACAACAUCGUCGUCACCAUGGUGGGCGAUCUCAAGUACGGUCGCACCGUCCAUUCGCUCGCUCGCCUCCUCGCUUUCUACAACGUCCGUCUCAACUACGUGGCCCCUGCGAGUCUGCAGAUGCCCGAAUCCGUCGAGUCGGAGCUCGCGGCGCGUGGCGUUUCGCAGCACAAAACCGAAUCUCUCACCGCGGAUAUUUUGAAGGAAACGGACAUUCUGUACAUGACGCGAAUCCAGCAGGAGCGAUUCGCCUCGCAGGAGGAGCGCUCGUGCUGAGCGGAAAGCCGACGAUGCGCGUGAUGCACCCGUUGCCGAGAGUCGGCGAAAUCACGGAGGAUGUGGAUGAGUUGCCGCAGGCUGCGUUCUUUAGAGAGAUGGAGAACGGAAUGUACACCCGCAUGGCCAUCAUUGCCUUGGUGACGGGAACGGCGAACGAGGUUUGCGAAAUGGAGUUAUAGUUU